UCGCGCCGGACGGUGUCGACUGUGACACACAGCGGAAGUGGCGCCAUUGCUGUGUGUCGUGGCUGUGCGGUGAGCUGAGUGUGUUCUCUCGACUCGACUCUGGUACUCCGUCAUCCAGCUGCGUUGGAAAGAGCUGCUCUCGUCUGUACACACGCUCGAGAAAUUCCACGGCCUGGAUAUGUCCUUCAUAUUUGAUUGGAUUUAUAGUGGUUUCAGUAGCGUGCUGCAGUUCCUGGGGCUGUACAAGAAGUCCGGCAAAUUAGUAUUCCUCGGUCUGGACAAUGCUGGCAAAACGACGCUGCUGCAUAUGCUCAAAGACGACAGACUGGGUCAGCAUGUGCCAACCUUACACCCCACCUCAGAGGAGCUGACGAUCGCUGGCAUGACCUUCACCACCUUCGAUCUGGGUGGCCACGCUCAGGCUCGACGAGUGUGGAAGAACUACCUCCCGGCCAUCAACGGCAUCGUCUUCCUGGUGGACUGUGCCGAUCACACCAGACUGUUCGAAUCCAAAACAGAACUUGAUGCACUAAUGACAGAUGAAACCAUCGGAAACGUGCCCAUCCUGAUCCUCGGCAACAAGAUCGACAAACCUGAAGCCAUUAGUGAGGAGAAGCUGCGUGAGAUGUUUGGACUGUACAAUCAGACGACGGGAAAGGGCAACAUUCCCCUCAAAGAGCUGAACACGAGGCCCCUGGAGGUGUUCAUGUGCAGCGUGCUGAAGAGACAGGGCUACGGCGAGGGCUUCCGCUGGCUCUCACAGUACAUCGAUUAGAGGAAGAGGAAGAGGAAGCACCACGCUCAGAAGAACACCACUCCACUCCCACAGACUGUUAUCGUUCAGUUCAUCAAUCAUUUCUUAUGAAAACAACAAACUCGCAGUGCUUCUGCAGAUGUGGUCAACUCCAAACAAUGCGUUCACAUCCGUUUUAUUUACUCUCUGAUUUGAUUUUUUUUUUUUUUUUUUUCAGUUUUUCUGUAAAUGAUUCUUCAUGUGUACUGACAACACCGCUUCAGAAAGAGCUGACGUACACCGCAUCUCACACUUCAAACAGGAAGUGCUUUGACUUCUCUCCGGUGUUUCACUUCCUGUCACGAGGCCACAGUGCUCGGGCUUUAAGAUGAAGUCAGCUGAAGUGGCCGUGUUGAAUUGCAUAUGUUUUCUGUUCUCCUAAAAAAUUAAACACAUUCAGAAACUCAUUCCCAAAGCGGCUGUAAGCUGAUAGAGACCCAGUCGCUUUUCUUUUGAAGUAUGAUUUGUUAUUGAAGACAGUAAAGCUCAGAGUAAUGCUGUCUCAGCUGAGCCUUUCACACAAACACAGAUUAUCAUCACAUUUAACUGCUAAUGACUAGUAACACGAUGGUGACAGUAGACGCGUGUUUAAAGCUGUUGGGUAGCUUGCCUUGAACAGACAGGAGAGUGAAGAAAGGACAGCGAUUAAUCGAUGACAUGGACAAAAUGUAAUUUAUAUAAAUGCCAUAGAUGGGUUUUCUUUAAGCUGUCCUUGAAUAGCUCUUAAUUUGAGAUGAAAAAACAUGCAUGCCUUGUUACAUGAUUAUUAUUGAUUUUUAUUAGGUUUUUUUUUAUAAUAAACACAAAUAACUUAGUGUAAAACCAUCUCAGACGGGAUGAGAUGCCGAGGGCGCAGUCUUCUGUGGAGUCGCAGUGUAAUGGCUCAUAAAUGCAUUUUAUUUUCUGUACUGUCCUUCCAAGCCUCAUCGUCAUUCCUUGAGCGGUUUCAUCUACGACAGAUACAGGUGUUUCCAUCAGAAAUUGUAAUAAAUGUUUGCAAUGAAAACAA